AUGCCGCUCGCAAGCCGCACGACCCCUCUCAGCGUCAUCUACGCCCUGAGAACCUCCCUCUCGCACCUCACGACCCACCUCGACGCCCUCACCUCGCGCCUCACCGCCUCCGAGUCGUCCCUCGCGUCGCUCCAGCUCGCGCACGCCGCCGCCCUCGCUCAGCACGCCGAGCAGUCGUCGGCGAUGCAGGCCCUGUGUCUCGUGUGGGAGGGCCGGUGGCGCGAGGAACGCAGGCUGCGCGACGAGGUGCAGCGGGCGCUCGAGGCGCAGGUCGGGGUCCGCGCGGGAGGGGCGAGGGAGCUUAACGGGGCAGAGCGGCGGCGCGAGACGUCGCUCACGGUGCUCAAGGUGUCCGCUCCUCGUCCACCUCGGCUGCGCCGUCUCUCGCACUCGUCAACCUCGUCCUCGUCGCGUUCUCGCGACGGCUCUACCCGUCGAACCACGCCACAAAUCGCUCCUGCAGCAUCGCGGCGUCGAACGCGCACCAAGAGCCGGGCCCUCGUCGCCCAUCUCGCGCACGACCUGCAGCACUCGCGCGCCGAGGUCGAGCGGGUCCGAGAAGCGCACAACGACGAGGUCGCCCGCCUGUCCGCCGACCUGCACGUCCGCCAAUCCGAGCUCGCGCGCCUGUACGCCUCGCUCGACGCCCUCCUCCCCCUGCACGCGCUCGCCCUCGCCCCGACCGCCGUAACCCCUCUCUCUCUCCUGCCGCCGUCCUCGCCCGUCGCUGCGGCACCCUCGACCGCCCGCGCCCGCCCACCCUCCGUCCUCGACCUCCCCGACAUGCGCACCGCCGCCGCGCACUCGCGCGCGCACGCGUUCCUCGGGCGCCAGGCGGCGCUCGGCGAGGUGACGGGAGCGCAGAAGGAAGGAGGCGAGCGCGAGGGCGAGAUGCCCGAGGAGGUCAAGGCGACGCUCGAGCUCGAGGACGAGGUGCGCCGGCUCGAGAACGAGAUCGCCCGCCUCGACAAUCCGCACGAGAACGAGCCGCACGCAGCGUCGAGCGUGCUCCCCGUCAACGGCUCGCAGCUCGACGACGCUCCACACGACCCGCGCUCGCCGCCCGCGCCUGCCCUCGACACCGCUCGGCAACAAGCCGAGCUCGAUCGCCUCGAAGCUGAGCGCGACGCGCUCGAGGCGGCGCUGCGCCAGGCCGAGGUGGAGCGCGGUACGCUCGAGCGGCUCGUGCACGAGAAGGACGUCGAGCUCGACGAGAAGGUCGAGAUGGAGGCGCAGCUCGAGGGACGGGUCGAGCACCUCGAGCGCGAGCGAAGCCGCCUCCUCUCGCUCCUCUCGCGCUCCGAGGCCGAGUCGACCUCGCUCCAAGCCCAGCUCGCCUCGACGCACGCCUCGCUCGACGCACUCGCCGCGCGCGUGCACGGCCGCAUCGUCGAGCUCCAAAGGCGACUCGCCGAGACGGAGAGGGAGAGGAGCAAGCUCGAGGGCGACGUCGAGUAG